UAUGUAUACUGUUAAAUAACUUAAUUAUAAUAAUUCUUUUCAAUAGUAAAAAGCUGUCACUGAAUGUAAAAUUUACAUUAUAUUAUAAUAUUAUAAUAUUAUAAUAAUUUUUGUAUUUUAUUAUAUUGUAUUAUUAUUAUUUUUAUAACUGUACCAUUUUCCGAUUAAGUAAGUUAAGUCAAGAUUAUUAAGAUUGCACUAUUUUGCAUUCAAUAAUAGAACUUUUUAAUGCAAUAGUUAUUCUUUUCAAGUAUUUAAUCUAUUUUAUAAUCAUUUCAGCAACAGUGCUUGUUUAUUCGCUAAAAAAUUUACCAGGUAUGUAGAACAUGAAUCCUGAAAAUCGUGCAGAGGUAAACAAAGAUAACCGUUAGCAGCUGCCUAUAAGCCUGGUUACAACAAAAAAAGGUCAAGAUGAGUAUUUUAUGGACUAAUCAUGGCAGAUGUAAGUGGUCAGGAAAGCUAGGUUUGGUCCUUAUCAUAGCUUGGCUACUAGCGAUAUUUUUGUCAAUAAGUCAUAUCUUCAAAAGUUCUACGAUCAGCGUAUCUCAGUUGAAGAAAAAUUUUAAAAAUGAUGAAGAUAGAUUAAUGCAGAUAACAAAUAAUUUCCAGAUACUUAAGAAGCAAAAUAGUGUUCUCAGAAACAUCAUAGUUGGAAACAGCCCUGAAUCCAUACCAGGAAAUCAUCUCGGAAAAAUAGUAGAAAAAAUACGCAAAGAGUCAGUUUAUUAUGAUUUAUUCAAUCGAGAAGAAGUGAUUAACGGUAAUUAUAAUCAACCAUCUCUACAGUAUGAAGAGACCCGGCGUAAAAUAAGGAAUGAUGUACAGGAAAUGUGGUAUUUUAUUAAUGGCGAAUUAAAUAAAAUUAAGAAGAGUUUAGACAAGUACAAUACAUAUAAUGAUCUAAGUGCUACUUUUAAUCUUGUUAAUGAAUAUAAAAAGUCAUUAAUUACCAACAUAGACAAAAUAUACCAGAUUGAUGGAUACACCAAAUGGCGAGAAAAAGAAGCAAACGAUCUAUCAAGCUUGGUGCAACAACGUUUUAGGUCAUUGCAAAAUCCCAUUAACUGUAAUACUGCAAAAAAGUUAAUAUGUAACAUUAAUAAAGGGUGCGGUUUUGGUUGUCAGAUUCACCAUUUAGUUUAUUGCUUUUUGGUAGCCUAUGGAACAGAAAGAACGCUUAUAUUAAAAUCAAAGGGGUGGAGAUAUCAAAAAGAAGGUUGGGAGUCAGUUUUUUUACCACUUAGUGAUACAUGCCUUUCUCCAAAUGGUAAGACUCAUGCAAAUUGGCCCAGCGAUGAAUCGAAGCAAGUAAUCAUAUUACCAAUUGUGGACAAUAUAUAUCCAAAACCAAUAUAUCAACCGCCGAGUGUUCCAGCGGAUCUAGCGCAAAGACUUAGUAAAAUGCAUGGGUACCCAUUGGUAUGGUGGGUAGGUCAGGUUUUAAAAUACUUGAUGAGACCAAAUAACAAUACUAAGGAAUUAUUAGAUAAUAAAAGACAAAAAAUAAAAUUUAGUAAUCCUAUUGUUGGGGUUCAUAUACGUAGAACAGAUAAAGUAGGAACUGAAGCUGCGUUUCAUGACAUUGAAGAGUAUAUGAUUAGAGUGCACCAGUAUUUUGAAAGUUUAGAAAAAACGCCAAAAAUUAAACGUAUAUUUCUAGCGAGUGAUGAUCCAAAAGUAAUUACUGCUGCAAAACAACGUUACGUAGAAUAUGAGAUUAUAGCUGAUAUUGAUAUAGCGCAAACAGCAUCAGUAUCACGCCGUUAUUCUAAUCUAUCUUUACAAGGAAUUAUAAUUGAUAUUUAUUUUCUUUCACGCUGCGACUAUUUAGUAUGUACAUUUAGCUCUCAAGUCUGCCGCGUUGCCUAUGAACUUAUGCAAACCCAUUUUCCUGACGCAUACAAUAGAUUUUCUUCAUUAGAUGAUAUAUAUUACUAUGGCGGUCAAAAUCCACAUCCACAAAUUGUCACUAUUAAUCAUGUUCCAAAAAGAGAAGGAGAAAUAGAACUAAAAAUUAAUGAUGAAAUUGAAGUUUAUGGAAAUCACUGGGACGGUUACUCAAAAGGUAGAAAUUUAAGAACGGGCAUGAUUGGAUUAUUUCCAAGCUUUAAAAUUAAGAAUCCUGUGAAAGCAGUUGUUUUCCCAAAGUACCAACAUUUACGUAUCAAUAAAAAUCUUAGCUAAAUGUUAUUAUUUUUUAAAAUUGAUAAUACUUUUUAAUGUGAGACAAUUUAUAUUUUUAUAAUAAGUAUUAAAUUUAAAGGCUUAAAAAAUUAAUAAAGAUGACAAGAUAUUUGUACAAAGUU